AUGCCCCAAUCUCAUUACCGGCACAACAUCCUCAUCGAGGCAGACAUAUUUGGAGAGCAGAACGUGAGGAGACUACUCGAGGACUUGUCAACGCAGAUGGAUUUUCGGUGGACGUACGAACGUUAUACCCGGACCUUUCGACUCUCAGCGAAGAGGGGCUUCUCUCUUGACAUCAAUCGACGUGAUAAUGGGGCUUCUAUGACACUCACCAGUGUCAUCUAUGGAGAAGAGGUGGAGACUGGUUGGUGA